GUGAUGUGGGGAUGUGGUAGGGUCAGAUUUAUUUAGGUCAAAAUGACUGUUUCCCUUUCUGACUUGUGGUGGGUUGUGUCUACUGUAGUUGUUAAUGAGUAACUGACCCACUCCACCACUCACACCCAUUGGCCACUAGUCCAUCCAUACAGACAGACAGACAGAGAGGGGUAUUUGACCGCUGUGUCCUCGAGGUUGGAGGACAUGACAGUGUUCAGAAGCAGCGUUCAGGUACAGGUAGGAAACUCUGAAGUUUUUAAAACCAUAAUUGAAAGCAAUUGCAUAAAACUGUUAUAGAUUUGGUCUAUUCCUGACUAGUUUGAUAGUUAUUAUGACUCUACCAAGGCAGAUGGCAACAAAUGAGAAUAUGAUGAUUUGAUUGCUGUAGACCUGUUGAUAAGAUUACAUUAGAAAGCUUUAUUAUACUCAACGACGACAUUUGAAUAAUGGCAGAAUUAAAACAAACACAAUUGAAUCAAACAUUUAAAACAAACCUGAAUCAGUUGUACAUGAAUGAGUCAUAAAAUGACAUCCAUAAACAGAUGAUAGCAGAUAAACUGUAGUAAGCUAUUGUCCACAAGCACACACACACACACACACACACACGCACACACACAAUUGUUUAUUGAUUGAAAACAAUCCCUCAUUUGUCUUUUCCUAUCCUACUUGUCACGCGCAGCUGUGUGUCAGUCAGCUGUGUGUCAGUCAGCUGUGUGUCAGUCAGCUGUGUGUCAGUCAGCUGUGUGUCAGUCAGCUGUGUGUCAGUCAGCUGUGUGUCAGUCAGCUGUGUGUCAGUCAGCUGCAGGGAUGGCGCACCACGAGCAGAGCACAGCCACUUUCCCCGAGCUCAUCCGCAAGAAACGGAACGGUGAACGGCUGAGCGCGGGGGAGAUCCGAGACUUCGUACAGGGUGUCAAGUACGAGACCAUCCAAGAGAGCCAGAUUGGUACAUACACACACACACACACACACACACACACACACACACACACACACACACACACACACACACACACACACACACACACACACACACACACACACACACACACACACACACACUGCAGAUAGGAAGACCCCCACACACACUUUAGACUGUGUAUCAAUAGUCAAGCUAAGGCCAAAACCUGCGCUCUACAGUUGAAAUGCUGAUGUGUGUGUUUGUGUGUGUGUGUGUGUGUGUAGGAGCCAUGAUGAUGGCGAUCUGGCAGCAGGGGAUGGUAGCGGAAGAGACUCUCGCACUGACAAAGGAGAUGAUGAUGUCAGGGGAAGUGAUGUCAUGGCCGGCAGAGUGGAAGGGGCUAGUAGUGGACAAACACUCGACGGGUGGAGUGGGGGACAAGAUCAGCCUGGUGCUGGCUCCUGCUCUGGCCGCCUGCGGCUGCAAGGUACCUGCCUGGAUACACCUGUGUGUGUGUGUGUGUGUGUGUGUGUGUGUGUGUGUGUGUGUGUGUGUGUGUGUGUGUGUGUGUGUGUGUGUGUGUGUGUGUGUGUGUGUGUGUGUGUGUGUGUGUGUGUGUGUGUGAACCAGUGGAGGCUCCCCAGAGGAGGCAGGGGAGGACCUUUUUAGAUAAAACUAUACUAAAUAUAUUCACGUCACCAAUUAAUUUAUUAAAAUAAAGGUCUACAGUAGCCUCAACAGCACACUGUAGGGUAGCACCAUGGUGUAGCCGGAGGACAGCUAGCUUCUCUCCUCCUCUGGGUACAUUGACUUCAAUACAAAACCUAGAAGGCUCAUGGUUCUCACCCCCUUCCAUAGACUUACACAGUAAUUAUGACAACUUCCGGACCCAUCAGAGCUCUUGCAAUAUGAAGUAAGAGAGAGAGAGACAAAGAGAGAGGGUGAGAGAAAGAGUUAUAUUUUGUAGUAUUUUUUUGACUUAGCUAGUGAAUGUAGCUAGCUAAUUUAGCCUACUCAAACACCCGGUUCAAACAGAGAGGGAUGCUAUGGCUCUGGCUAUCCAACACAGGAACUCUUCCAAGUCAAGGUAAGCUUUGGUUUUAUGAAUUUAUUGCCACCGGGGCCCACCGGUGUAACUGCUAAACUGCUUGCUGACUGUACACUAUACUGCAUGAUUGUAGCGCGUUUACUAACGCUUGGUAAGGUUUUUUCGCCUGGUCACAGACAGUUGUUGUAUUGUGAAGUCCACCAGCGAUGGGGAAAAGAUGAGAGGAGGAGAGAGCGCACAUGCGAGAAGGAAUUAUAUAUAAAACGAGCAAAGUGAUCAUGCUGUUUAUAUGUGGCUGCUAGUUCUGUGUUUGCGUGUGAUCAGGGGUCUAUUCAUUCCACCGAUUCUGUUAAACAGAAGCAAACGGUAUGCAAUAUGAAGUGUAAACGUGUCUGUGUGUGCGUCAGUGCAUGUGUCUGUCUGUCUGUGUGCGUGUGUGACUAUCAGCAGCUGUGUCCAUAGGUGCCCAUGAUAAGUGGCAGAGGUCUGGAACAUACAGGCGGCACGCUCGACAAACUGGAGUCCAUCCCUGGCUUUAACGUCUAUCAGUCAGUACAACAGGUACUGUCUCUCUGUCUCUGUCUCUGUCUCUGUCUCUGUCUCUGUCUCUGUCUCUGUCUCUGUCUCUGUCUGUCUCUCUCUCUCUCUCUCUCUCUCUCUCUCUCUCUCUCUCUCUCUCUCUCUCUUCUCUCUCCAUUCUCUCUCUCUCCCUCUCUGUCUCUGUCUCUGUCUCUCUCUCUCUCUCUCUCUCUCUCUCUCUCUCUCUCUCUCUCUCUCUCUCUCUCUCUCUCUCUCUCUCUCUCACAAACAUACACACACACUUUCACUUACGAGUUAUUAACCUGUGAUAUUGUGGCACCAUCCUCAGCUGCAGCGAAUCCUGGAGGAGGUUGGCUGUUGCAUUGUAGGACAGACAGAUAACCUGGUGCCCGCUGACAAGGUCAUGUACGCUCUGAGAGACGCUACGUCCACUGUCGACAGCCUCCCGCUCAUCACAGGUCUGCCAACAACAACAACAACAACAGCAAACUGGACUACCUUUCAAAGUAGAGAAAUUAACAUCUGAAUACUGUGUGUGUGUGUGUGUGUGUGUGUGUGUGUGUGUGUGUGUGUGUGUGUGUGUGUGUGUGUGUGUGUGUGUGUGUGUGUGUGUGUGUGUACUCCAGGCUCUAUCAUCUCUAAGAAGGGUGCUGAGUCUCUGAGUGCGUUGGUUCUGGAUGUGAAGUUUGGGAAUGCAGCUCUCUACAAAGACCUGGGCAGUGCCAAGUCACUGGCCCAGUCCUUGGUAACCCUAACAUUAACCCCUGACCUUUAACCCAUUCUUGUUGGAAUUGCUGGAGGGCCAUGUUUUCACUCCUGCCUUGUACAUGAUUGAUCAAAUAAGGUCAUUGAUGAGUUAGGAACUCACCUGGUUGUCAAGUCUUAAUAGGACAUACCAAAAAAGCAACAGACUCUCCAGGACACCCCUGAUCCAACUCCUGACCCCUGACCCUUACCUUGACCCCAUUCCCUCCUGCAGGUGACAGUUGGGAACAGUCUGGGGAUCCGUACGGGGGCGGUGCUUAGUCGUAUGAACUGUCCUAUUGGUCGCUGUGUGGGGAACGCCCUGGAAGUGAUGGAGUCCCUGGAGUGUCUAAAGGGGAGGGGCCCCGACGACAUACUGGAGCUGGUCACAAGUCUGGGUGAGGAAUACACACACACACACACACACACACACACACACACACACACACACACACACACACACACACACACACACACACACACACACACAGUGAAUUGGUUCCUUUGGACCAAGACCAAGCAGACCAAGACCUAGUUAGAAUGUCAGUGCUGCUCGGGCUUAGCUAGAGUCUAUAAACAGAAGCUGUGGAAGUUCCAAGUCAUUCUUAAGUCUUUACCUUCAAAUUCAAGUCAAGCUUCUGUGUGUGCGUGUGAAUGCUUGUGUGUGUGUGUGUGUGUGUGUGUGUGUGUGUGUAGGUGGGAUGCUGUUGUGGAUGACUGGCCUUGCAGGGAGCAUGGAGGAGGGUAAAAAGGUGAUCGCUAGGACCCUGCAGAAUGGGUCAGCCCUGGAAAAGUUCCAGAACAUGAUGAUUGGUCAGGGAGUAACCAGUCAGAUCGCUGCAUCCCUCUGUUCCACCUACGCAGACUACCACAGCAUCCUGAGACGGGCACGCUACCAGUCAGAACUGGAGACACAGGGCCACGGUAACACACACACACACACAUUCACACAGGUACAGAUACACAAAUGCACACACACACGUAUACACUGCAUGACUUUGGCUUUUGUGUCUGCAGGAACAGUGCUGGACAUAGACGGCAUGGUCAUUGCUACGGUGCUGCACAGGUUGGGGGCGGGACGUUCGAAGGCCGGAGACCCUGUCAAUCACAGCGUGGGGGCGGAGCUUCUGGUGUCUUUGGGACAGAAUGUGGAGAAAGGUGAGAACUCUCUGACCCUGUGUGUGUUUGUGUGUGUGUUUUUGAGUGUGCGCGUGUGUUAGUCGGGGUGUGAGGGGUGUAGGGGUCUGUGCCACCCUAAUCUGACCCGACCUUUGCCCUCUGACCCCAGGGCAGCCAUGGCUGCGUAUCCACUACGAGACUCCGGUGCUGAGCGCAGAGCAGAGACUCAGCCUACAAGGGGCGCUGACACUGGGCCCUGCCGACCAGCUACUCACACAGCCACUAGUGGCAGAAAUCAUCCUGCCGUAGUGACACCAAUCCACUCUAUGUUAAAGCUUGAUUGGAAGAUGACUUGCCUUUGGGAAUCCCAGUGUGCCAUCUAUUUAAAGGAUGUAUACUUCAGAACUAAAGCAAGCAUGGCAAGUCCUGCGCAGAGAAAUAGACUGGCCUGUAUCUCCUGCUCUUUACACACUCUCAGAGUCCUCUCUGAACCACCCAUAUAAAGUCACACAAGAUUCUGUGAAAACUGAAAAGAUGUUAACCAUUUCCAGGAACUGUCAUGAAGCUCAAAGUUCAUCCAGAAACACACACAGUAAGCCAAGACAGAUGUUGAUCUACAACUGACUGUGUGACAUUAGUUUCACUGACAGUUUCGUUAGUGUGUUUGUGUAGGGCAGGGGUCGCCAAGGAUUUCCUUCAAAUCACCAGGAAUUCAGCAAAAAAUGUGUUUAAUUUAGGAAAUCUGUUCCCAAGUAUCCCACGAAUAAAAACAGAGACAUGAUCAUGUCUCAAUGCAAUCAAGGUAUGAAAUUAUUGUUAUUUUCAAAUACAAUCUCUUUUUGGGCUUAGUUGUGGUACAUUUUCAGUGUACAAAUUA